GCAGUGCGCGGUGGGGGGGCCGGCGCGGCGCAUGCGCGGCUGGGCGGCAGCGAUGUCGGGGUUCAGCGUGGAGGAGCGCGCCGCGCCCCACAGCGCCGAGUACCGGCUCUUCUUCAAGGAUGCCGCCGGGCGAUACAUCUCCCCCUUCCACGACAUCCCCAUCUACGCGGACGCCGGGAAGAAUGUGUUCAACAUGGUUGUGGAAGUACCUCGAUGGACAAAUGCUAAAAUGGAGAUUGCAACAAAGGAACCCUUAAACCCAAUUAAGCAAGACGUGAAGAAAGGAAAGCUGCGCUACGUAGCCAACGUGUUUCCCCACAAGGGCUACAUCUGGAAUUACGGUGCUAUCCCACAGACUUGGGAAGACCCAGGUCACAAGGAUGAAAAUACUGGCUGCUGUGGAGAUAACGAUCCGAUCGAUGUGUGCGAAAUUGGAAGCAAGGUCUGCUCCCGGGGAGAAGUCAUCAGAGUGAAGGUGCUGGGCACGCUGGCACUGAUUGAUGAGGGAGAGACAGACUGGAAGAUAAUUGCUAUCAAUGUGGAAGACCCAGAAGCAGACAGCUAUAAUGAUAUCAAUGAUGUCAGAAGGAUGAAGCCUGGAUACUUAGAAGCUACCGUGGACUGGUUCAGAAGAUACAAAGUACCUGAUGGAAAGCCAGAAAACCAGUUUGCUUUUAAUGAGGAAUUUAAAGACAAGGAUUUUGCUGUGAAUGUCAUCAAGAGCACUCAUGAACACUGGAAAGCUUUAAUAGCAAAGAAAACUGACGGGGGGGAGAUCAACUGCACAAACCUGACGGUGUCUGACAGCCCCUUCUGCUGUGGCCAAGACUGUGCAAAAGCUACUGUGGAUGCAGCACCGCCAUGUAAAGCUGCCAACCCGAUCCCACCCGAAGUUGACAAAUGGUUCUACUAUGAGAAAAACUAAGUCCCGAGGACGGCGGCGAGACAGCCGCGUCCUUCCCGCUGGGGAGCCGCCACAUGCAGGAGUAGCCCAGAAAAAAUAGCUUCAGUGUCAACAAGGAGACCUUGCCUGUAACUUUGCUGAUUAGAAUUACGUACCUAGCAGUGACGUGCCGGCUGCGCUGGGGCCCGGUGGAGGCCAGAAGACAUAAUUUAUAAAAUCAAAACACCCUGCUCGCGCGUGGUCGUGUGCUGUGCUCUGAGUCGUGAGGGGAGGUCGUUCACCUGGUACGUGUGUGGAUGCUAGAAAUAAAAACUACUGAAUCCGA